AUGGAUAUCGAUACUCAAGUAUACGAGCUCACAACUAUUCAUAAAGAAUAUGAGUCGUUCUUCCCCCAGUGCCAAUUGAAACUUGGCAAUGUGUCCGUGGCAGCCAGAAGUUAUAGUGACAAUGGUGAAUUACUUCCUGCCUCCAAGGACAAUUAUAUCUACAUACAAACACAAGAAGGUAUUGAUUUGAAAGUAUCCGUGGAAUUACGAGGAUGGUACCAGCUAGGUGCUCCUAAGAAAAGCUAUGAAACAUUUGAAGGAUUCAUGCAGGCCGUUAGUCCUAGUUUUCAAGUCAAGUUUGGAGAUGAACUUUCUAAUAAGUUGCUUCAAGUGCUACAACAGAGUUGA